CCCCUUGUCGGCGACUCCUCCUCCCUCCCAGUCCCAGAUCCCACUCCCACCUCCACUCGCUCUCACUGCCCCAGUCUCCGGCCGGCCCCGCCGGCGAGCCCAGAUCCGCGCGGCGGAAUGCUGGGCCGGGCGGCGGCGCUGCGGUGGCGCGGCGGCGGCAUCGGGAUCGGGAUCGACGUCCGCGCGGCGCUGCGGUCGGGGGGCAACCUCCUGUUCGCGCUCUUCGUGGCGGCCGUCCUGGCCUUCACGCUCCUCGCCGCGGUGCACAGCCCCGACGACCCGCUGCUCCACCCGUCGUCGCACCAGCUCACGGCGUUCCUCACCUCGGCCACCUCCAACUCCACCUUCCUCGCCGACGACUCCGUCCUCCGCACCGGGGAGGACUUCGCCGGCGGGUCCAACUCCUCCGAUGCCGCCCUCGUCGCAGGGGAGGCUGGCGGCGUCGUCGCCGAGGCCGUCCCGUUCAUCAGGCUCGAGGACGUGGCGACCAAGGAGGAGUCGGCGGCCGGGGCGGCGGCGGAGCGGGCCGUCACCGUUGACACCGACGCCAGCUCGGACGCGGGCGCCGCCGCGGCGGCCGGGGCGGCCGAGGAGAACCCCAUCGUCGAGGCGGUUUCCUGCGACACGGAGGCGCCGGUGGACUGCACGGGGGAUAAGGAUCUCUUCAACCUGCUGAUGCGCACGGCGAUCGAGAAGUUCUCCGACCUCCACUUCUACCGCUUCGGCCGCCCCGUCGCCGUGCCCGGCAGCCCCAUGGAGUGCGACCUCGCCUGGCGCUUCCGCCCUUCCGAGGACACCAACGGCCGCACCACCUACUACAAGGACUACCGCCGCUUCACGCUCACCCGCGACGUCGACACCUGCACCCUCGUCGUCAGCAAUGUGGGCGAGUACCACUCGGGCACUGGCGCCAAGCGCAGUGGGCGCCGCAAGGGCAAGAAGGGGAAGAAGGGCAAGCGCGAGGCGCCGGUGACCGACUUUGUGCCGGCCAAGACACAGAUGAGGCUCGAUGAGAACGCAGCCAAUGCAGACAGCACAGCUGCUUCUGAGCCGGUGCUGGUUAUUGGUGAAGCUGUCAAUGACAAUUUACCGGUGGUUGAAUCGGAGUCUGAUUUCAGCCGUGGAAAGUACCUCAUCUACAUGGGUGGGGGCGAGAGAUGCAAGAGCAUGAACCACUAUGUUUGGGGAUUCUUGUGCGCGCUUGGUGAGGCACAGUACUUGAAUCGGACGCUUGUUAUGGACCUUAAUGUCUGCCUCAAUUCUAGGUAUACCGCAACUGGCAAGGAUGAGAAUAGAGAUUUUAGGCUCUACUUUGAUUUUGAGCACUUGAAGCAAUCGGCGUCGGUGAUUGACCAGAGCCAGUUCUGGACAGAUUGGGGGAAGUGGCACAAAAAGGAUAGGUUGAAGAAUCACUAUACUGAAGACAUCAAGGUAACUCCAAUGCAGCUUCGUGACGUCAAAGACACACUGAUCAUGAGGAAGUUUGGGGAUGUUGAGCCGGAUAACUACUGGUCUCGCAUUUGUGAGGGUGAAACGGAGGCUGUUAUCAAGCGACCAUGGUAUUUAUUGUGGAAGUCACGGCGACUGAUGGAGAUCGUGUCUGCCAUUUCCUCCCGGAUGGAUUGGGACUUUGAUUCAGUCCACGUUGUGAGAGGUGAGAAAGCUCAGAACACACAGUUGUGGCCAAAUCUUGAUAGAGAUACCUCGCCGGAUAGUCUCCUUGCGACACUUAAUGAUAAGGUUGGAGCUGGCCGGCAUUUGUACAUUGCAACCAAUGAACCUGAUAAAUCAUUCUUUGACCCAAUGAAGAGUAAGUAUCGGACACACUUCCUGGAUGACUUCAAGGAUUUAUGGGAUGAGAACAGUGAAUGGUACACUGAAACAAAAGAGCUGAGCAAUGGUAAUGCUGUUGAAUUCGAUGGAUACAUGAGGGUUGCAGUUGACACUGAGGUGUUCCUUAGGGGGAAGAGGAAAUUGGAGACAUUCAAUGAUCUUACUCAUGAUUGCAAAAAUGGUGUCAACACAUGCCCUGCUUCCUCCUGAACAUCCCAUGAAGUAUGUGCGCUGAGUCUCAAAUAUUGUGCUUGAUAUGAUAUUUUUGGAUUACUGUGUAUCUUAACACAUGUGGCUUUGUUGUAGCUAGCUAGUUCGUAUGAGUGUUUCCGCAUGACACUGUUGUUGUAUUUUAUCACCCAGAUCAAAUUAGUUUGUUGAAUUCAUGCAUCAGCACUUUGUAGUUUGUACUGAUUGCUUAAACGAGAAAUUUGCUCAAUGUGACCAUGCUAUGCCUCAAUUGUGAGG